CAUACCAGGAAUUGCUUCCAGUGAAAUUAUUUAUGUGAAUCAGGAUAAAGCUCCUAUUACUGGUUAUGAGAUGUCUGCCAGAUACAUUUUUGAAUCUUCAAAUUCAGAUAAAUUUUCUGAUAAUUUAAAUUUUUCAAUGAUUCUUCCUAGCGAUGAUCCAAAUGAGCAAGAUUUUCAUCAUAUUAAUUCUAAAAGACAUUCCAAACAUAUAUUAGCUACAGACAAGCCUUGAAAAGUCCCUAUUCCACAAGUAACCAUAAAGACAAAUGCUUUUACCAAUGAACAGCAAACUGAUCAUUAUAAGACUAGUUGGGAUACUAUCCAAAGGUUGCUAACCCAAUACAAAUCUUCUCCUCUUCAAAAGUUUUGAACCUGUAAUAUGACCGAGAACAAUGCCAGCCUCUUGAAUAAAGUGAUGACUAUGAACAACCUCGAAUACAUAUACAAGCUGACUAGUUAUGAAUAUAAAAUGAAGGAGAAACGGUCUCCUAUAACCUGCAGAUAA